AGCAAAUGUCAACCAGCUAGAGAUCUCCAUUUUGGUACCGUAUCGUGUAGGAUACGUGAUGCACACUAUAGAUUAUAUCCCCAUUACUUGAUCUAGAGAAAGGUCUUGUUUAUCGUCUAGCCAAGAUGGAUAACGCCAUUGCCGCGAAUCUGCUAGGCACAUUAGGGGCUGUCUGCUGGUCUAUUCAACUUAUUCCCCAGAUCGUGCUAAACUACCGACGCCACAACACCAUCGGCCUUCAGCCGUCGAUGAUGAUGCUUUGGGCAUGGGCUGGAAUCCCCCUCGGAGUAUACAAUAUCACCGAAAACUUUAAUAUCGCGCUGCAGAUACAGCCACAGCUCUUGACGCUGCUGUCUUUGCUCACAUGGGCGCAGUGUUGUUAUUACGACUGGAAGCACUGGCCCAUCUCUCGCUGCCUAGCAGUGACAAUCCCGAUAGCAGGCCUAAUGGCCGGCAUCCAAAUCGGACUCGUCUUCGCCCUGCGCGCCGCAAAGCAAAGCCCCGGUGCCCACCUCACCUGGCCCAGCACGCUGAUGGCGGUCCUGUCGGCUGUGCUGCUGGCCGCGGGCGUCCUGCGGCACUACUGGGACAUAUACAGGCACCGGUCCGUGCGCGGCAUCUCGUUCCUCUUCGUGGGCAUCGACGCCGCCGGCGACGUCUUCUCUCUUGCCUCCGUCUUCUUUCAGCCGAAGCUCGACGUCCUGGGAAUGGUCAUCUACGGAACCGAGCUCGUGCUUUGGCUAGGCGUGUUUACGGCCGGCGGCUACUUCAAUUUUCUGCCCUGGGUCAGGGCGCGGCUACGGUCGGCGUCGUCGGAGGCUAGGCCUGAGUCUGGGUGUUCGGCUGGCCCGGGCGUGGGCGCCACUAGCGGGGUCAUGCUCCAGCACGUGCCGUCUUCGACUUCGGUGUUUAGGACAGCUUCGCUCGAUCUCGCGGAUGGUGGGGCUCGUUCGAGGCCUAGAUUUGUGAUAGGCAACCGAGGCCCGGCGCCUUGAGAAAUGACUUAGAGACUCUUAUUGUCUUCCAUUGAGAUAUUGAAUACGAACAAUAGGCGCAUGCAUGCCCACAA